UCUCUCCCUCAAAACUUUGCCUCCCUUCUCAUCCAUAGCCCCUCCGUCUCUCCCUCUCUCUCUCUCUCUCUCUCUCUCUCUCACUUUGCCAUGGCUGAAACCAAAACCCAAAGCUUUGUCUUCUCCGACAAGAAAAGAGCCGGCUCCGAUGCCUUGGACGGCGAGAACUUCAUCACCACCAAGAAACAACAAAUGCUCCCGUCGUGGGAGGACCCGGCUGCGGCGCUAGCGGCGGCGCGCCACGAAUUCGGCGAGCACGGGGGCGUAAACAUGUCCAUCGAGGCCUCAGCUACCUUCACGGUGAUGGAGCCCGAGACCCUGAGCCGCAUGUUCGCGGGAGAGCUCGGCCCGGACCGAGACUUCUUCAUCUACAGCCGUCACUUCAACCCCACCGUGCUCAAUCUCAGCCGUCAGAUGGCGGCUCUGGAGGGCACCGAGGCCGCGUACUGCACCUCCAGCGGCAUGGCCGCGAUCUCCUCCGUGCUCCUCCAGCUCGUCGGCAGCGGGGGACACGUGGUGGCCUCCCAGGCCCUCUACGGCGGAACCCACGCCCUGCUGACCCACUUCCUCCCCAGGGCCUGCAACAUUACGACGACGUUCGUGGACGUGAACGACUUGGACAUGGUGAGCAACGCCAUCGUCCAAGGCCGCACCAAGCUCUUGUACUUCGAGUCCAUAUCGAACCCUACGCUUAGAGUUGCUAACGUGCCGGAGCUUAGCCGGAUAGCCCACGAGAAGGGCGUCACGGUCGUCGUCGACAACACGUUUGCUCCGAUGGUGAUCUCCCCGGCUCGCCUCGGCGCCGACGUCGUUAUUCAUAGUAUCUCCAAGUUCAUCAGCGGUGGAGCCGAUAUUAUUGCAGGAGCGGUGUGUGGGCCUGCAAGCCUUGUGAACUCGAUGAUGGACCUGCACCAAGGGACUCUGAUGCUUCUGGGGCCAACGAUGAACGCCAAGGUUGCCUUUGAACUAUCAGAGAGAAUUCCUCACUUGAGCCUAAGAAUGAAGGAGCAUUGCCACAGAGCACUGGUUUUCGCCACGAGGAUGAAAAAGCUUGGCCUCAAGGUCAUCUACCCGGGGCUUGAAGAUCAUCCCCAGCACACUCUGUUGAAGUCCUUCGCCAAUAAGGAGUAUGGCUACGGCGGACUUCUCUGCGUCGACAUGGAGACAGAGGAAAGGGCUAACAAGCUGAUGUAUCACCUGCAAAAUAGCACCCAGUUCGGGCUAAUGGCGGUUAGCCUGGGAUACUAUGAGACCCUCAUGUCCUGCUCUGGAAGCAGUACUAGCAGUGAGCUGAAUGAUGGGGAGAAGGCUCUGGCUGGAAUUUCAGCAGGGUUGGUGAGGAUGUCCAUUGGAUACAUUGGGACAUUGGAGCAGAGAUGGAGCCAGUUCGAAAAGGCACUUUCCAGGCUGCAGGAUUCGGCUUCUUUCAACAAGUACUGAUCGACCAUUUUCUUCUGCCCCAUUGCUAGAAUAAUCUGCCUUGGAGUUAUUCUGUUGUACGUUGGUCGUUGUUCAUGUUUAUAUAUAAUGGGUGCUUCCAGUCUGUCA